AUGCAACGAAAAAUAAUCUCAGGACUUAAUUUAGCAUUAAACACUUAUCUCCUUAAACCUCAUAUACUAUUUACAACAUCUAGAGCAAGAUCAAUAACUAUGACGUCGAAAACAAAAUUUAUAACAAGUCCAUUUAGUGUCUUAACUAAUCACAAUAACUAUUAUUAUCAUUCAAAGGCUUUCCAAACAAGAGAACACAGAACAAAUAAUUUGAUGAGUGAUGUAGCAAUAAAGUGUAGGCAACCAACGUUAAAACUUUUUAAAAAUAACCAACAAGAAGUAACACCAAACCAAGAUUCAUUAAAAUUCAUUCCAGGUGUUCCAAUUAUGGAUGAAGGGGGUACAGCUGAAUUUUUAUCAGGGAAUGAGGCAUCUAAAUCUCCAUUAGCAAAAAGCCUAUUUCGAAUUGAAGGAGUUAAAGGAGUAUUUUUUGGACCAGAUUUUAUUACUGUUAGUAAGGAUCCAGAUAUACCAUGGCAAUUGAUGAAGCCUGAUUUAUAUGCAAAUAUUAUGGAUUUUUUUUCAACGGGCGAACCUAUUUUAUUGGAGGCACCACCACCAUCUGAUACACAAAUAAAUGAUGAUGACUCUGAGGUUGUUCAAAUGAUAAAAGAACUUUUGGACACUAGAAUUAGACCUUCAAUACAAGAUGAUGGUGGUGAUCUUGAAUAUAAAGGAUUUGAGAAUGGAAUUGUUAAACUUAAAUUGAAGGGAGCCUGUAGAUCUUGUGACUCAUCCGUCGUUACUUUGAGAAAUGGAAUUGAAAAUAUGUUGAUGCAUUAUAUACCAGAGAUCACAGGAGUUGAACAAGUACUGGACGAGGAGGAACUUAUUUCACAAACAGAAUUUGAAAAAUUAGAGCAGAAGCUAAAUAAUGCAUAA